AUGGCGGGGCUGGCGGCGAAGAAACGAGGCGCAGCUGCGCGCACGCUCGCCGCCGAAGGCAAGAAACGGUUUCGCGCCGAGGCCGCCCCUGAGGUCUCAGAGGACAAGCCUCAGAGAAAGAGACUCAUUCCGCGCAAGGCGCCCGGUGCCGCCCGCCGCUCGCACUCGAAGGGCCUGCUGCCGCGGAAAAGCGCGAAAAACGACGACGAAGAAAUCCUCUCAGACGACGCAGACGGCCUCUCGCUCUCCGAUGACGGAGCGGGCGUGGAGCUCGAGACUGCAAAGGGCGACUCGAGCGACGACGAGACAGAAGGCGAGCUCCCCGACGAGCGCCGCCUCCGCCUCGCCCGCGAGUAUCUCAGCCAGCUGGCGGCUCAGACCGGCAAGCGCCGGCGGCGCGCAGAAGAGGAGGACGACGAGGAGGGCGAAGAGGAUGAAGGUGAAUCAGAUGAAGAAGAAGAGAUGGCGAAGCUGCUGAGGAAAGAGGCUGACGGUCGAUCCGCCUCGGCGUUUCGGUCGGCGGCCUCUUCGCUCGCGCUUUCGCAGGCUCCCGUCGCGUUCCUUCGCGGGCACAAGCUCCCGCUGACCUGCGUGGCUGCGCCAGGCGUCGGAGACGUCUCUGAGCGCGCAGAGGCCGCGCCCCCCGCGUCCGCGCUAGACCGACACGUGUACACAGGCGGGAAGGAUUGCUGCGUCGUCUUGUGGGAUCUGCAGGAGGAGAAGAAAAUCGUCUUCGAGGGCCGACGCAACGACUUCCACGGCGGCGGUCACUUCCGCCCCGUCCUCGACGUCUGCGUGGCGCCCGACGAGAGCUUCUUCUGCUCGGUCGGCGAAGACCAAGUCAUCUGCAUCUGGGACGCGCGAUCCAGCACGAAAAAGUGCGUGGCGAGUCUGCGCGGGCACUCAGGGGCCGUGCGGUCGGUGAAGUUCAACGCGUUCCCGACGGCAGCCUCGCUUUCCAGAGGCGACACUUCGUCCUUCUCGUCUUCGGGCGACAUCGAAAUCGUCACCUGCAGCGCAGACAAGAGCCUCAGACUCUGGAACUUGAACCUGCGAGCGUGCGUCAACAGCUUCUACGGCCACACCGCCGCCGUCGCCAGCAUGGACAUCCUGCAACCCAACAAGCCCCUGACCGUCGGCGAAGACAACUGCGCCAGAAGCUGGAAACUGGUUCAAGACACGCACCUCGUCUUUUCGCCGCAGCUCGCCAUGCUGGACUGCUGCGCGCUGCUGACGCCUUCGCUCUUUGCGUGCGGAAGCGCGUCUGGCGUGGUGUCGCUCUACUCUUCAACAUCGAAGAAGCCGCUCGCUGCGCAGUUUGCGCGGCAGGAGGCGAAGAAGUCGCGGAAAAGCGGCGACGGCGCGACGGCGGAGUCCGCGGGCGCGGCCGGGCGCGUGGGAGUGACGGCGAUGACGGCGAUGCGGAGGACCGACACGCUUUUCUCCGCAACUGAAGACGGCCGCGUGCAGCUCUGGAAGGCGACGACGACCAAGAAGGGAAAGAAUGGGGAAAACGCACCUGCUCAAUCGCUCUCGCUGCUGAGCUCCUCCGCCGGCGCGCCGAGCGGCGGCAUCGUCGCGGGCCUGACGCUGACGCCGUCCCACAGCCUCCUCGUUGCCGGCGUCAGCAAAGAGAGCAAAUUCGGCAGAUGGGUCGUUGACAAGAACGCGAAGAACGGACUCGCAGUCUACCGCGUUCAACAAAACUGA